AUGAGUGCACCGAUACGACGACUGUGGGGGCUCGUGCUGCUGCUGUGGACGACGAUCCCCUGCGUUGCUCAGGCGUGUUCGCUCUCGGCGAUCGUGGCGGACACGGCGGGCGUCAUCCGUGACCGGACACUCCAAGGAAGAGACAACUACGAGACUGGUAUCCACUGCCACUGGCAGAUUGCGACGUCAGCACCCGGCACGAUCGUCGAGCUCACGUUCACGCUACUGAAUCUCGUUGCUCGUGACGGUGAAAGCAACGACGUCGUGCUUGUGAACCUUGGCCUUGGCGCCGUCGCCCCCGCCGGAUGGCGGCAGUAUACUCGUCCAGUCGACCUCCAAGGUUUUGACGGUGUUGGUUCUUUUGCGUAUGCAACGAGCUCGCUUGCCGAAGACACGUGCAAUCAAAGCCGAUCUUUUGACUCGGUUUUGUGUGAUUUGACGUACGGAUCGCUGCUCACUGACACGGCGCGCAGUGCGUCGUGGAUAUACUUUUCGGGCAAAGACGUCGGCGGCGCGAUCUCGAUGCUGUCGACGGCGCCAAAUGUCUACGUGAUCUACCGGUCGUUCCUCUCCACGUCCCCCGGCGCCGGACUCGAUUCGUCCUCGGUCUCCGGCAUGAUGGCCCGCUACGAGUUUGUGCACACCUUGUGCAGCAGCGAUGGUGUCGUGUCGCCGCAGCUGUCGGUCGCCUAUGAUACAACACCAAUGCAGCGCCUCCGAUACUUCAGCCACAACAAGCCAUACACGACAUGCUCGUGGUUGCUGCAGCCACGACGAUUCGACGCGGCUACUGGCAACCUUGCGCUCUUUGACUCGAUCUGGUUGCAUCUUGGCUCGUUGGAGCUACUCGGGGUGUCCGAGGUUACAAUAUACGACGGCGCGUCGACCAACGCAACGGUCCUCGCCAAGUUUUCGAGCGGGAGCCCGUCGCUGCCAACGUCCUUCCUCCAAACCGGCGUAGGAUCCCUCCAAACCGGCCAAGGAUCUCUCUUUCUCACGUUCGCGUUUGUGGAUGGCAUCGACGCCACCGGGUUCUCUAUGUCGUGGCAAGCAGGGACGUUGUGUGACACACGCGGCGGGCGUCGGCUCACCGACAUCAACGACCUGAUGCCGCGGCAAUACUACGUGGCGCCCAGUAGCUACGCCCCAAGCGAUGGAGCUAGCGGCCUCGGCACCCGCGAAUCGCCGUUUACGAGCUCCUUUGCUUACUUGUUUGAGAACGUUCUGCGCGACGGCGACAUGCUCACGCUCUUUCCCGGGCGGUAUCAAGGCACUGGGUACUGCGGACUCACAUUUCCAACGAGCAUUUAUGUCACGUCGUUGAGCGGCCCGGCGUGGACCCUAGUCGCGUGCCAAGGAAUCUCGCGCGGCUGGCUUCUUACACACACCAAAGGCCUCUCGGUGAUCCGCGGUCUCUCGUUCACCGGCUGCGCGACUCCGAUGUCGCCGCUGUUUGGAGUGGCCCUGUACAUCGGCGGCAACGCCUCGAUUGAAAACUGCCGCUUUUACGGCAACCAAUUCGCGGGCCAAGGCACGGUGGCCGUCGUCGCGCCCAGUGUCACGACGCUGCGCGGGUGUACAUUUGAUAGCAACGUUGCGACCGUCGGUGCCGCCGUAGCUGUGCUCUCGGCCACCGCGAUUCUUGACAACUGCACGAUCCAUGCCAACAACGCCACGCUGAGCGGUGCGGUCUUUGUCUCGACAUCUGUAUCGACGUCGACCACGCUGCACAAUCCAUCGACCGUCACCAUCUCCGCCUGCACCUUCACGCGCAACUUCGCCAGCAGCGUUGUCGAAGCCGCGCUGACUGCCAACCAAGCCAGCGUUGUCACGAUCGUCAACAGUACCUUUCGAAGCAACCUUGGCGGCGCGAUCGGCCUGGACGCUGCGUACGCCACGAUCAACAACUCGGUGAUCACGGGUAACGCUGGUUUGGGUGUUAACGCGGUCAAGACGCAGCUCCACGUGUCGACUACAGUGUUUGGUGACAACAAGGGCGCUGACAAGGGCGGCGGCCUUCGCGCCGAGACGUCGACAGUACGCAGCGUGAGCAAUAUGUUUACUGGCAACGCUGCUGUGGUCGCUGGCGGCGGCGUCUAUCUCCUCAAUUCGUCUUUUGAGGAUGCAAUGAGCGUAUAUAAGAGCAACACCGUGGGCACGAAUGCCGACGCCACCAACCGAGGUCUCGGUGGUGCACUCUACGCGCUCAACUGCUACGAUACUACGACGCUGCAACCGCUGAUUGUGAUCACCAAUGGCACGUUUCAGGCGAACAAAGCGCUGUUUGGUGGUGCCGUAUAUUUGGAGCAGUCGUAUACGCUGCUCCAACAGAGUGUGUUUCAAUGGAACAAGGCGACGACAUUCGGUGGUGCACUCAUGGUGACGACCACACGCACCCCAAGCACCCGCAUGCACGUCCUCCUCCUCGACAGCAAUCUGUACGACAGCAACAGCGGCGGAUCUGGCGGCGGAAGUCUCUAUGUCUCGUCAUCCGACUCAGUGUCAACGACAAACGACGUGUUUGUUCGCAGCCGUUCGUACGGGACAGGCGGUGCGAUUAUGCUUGUGGCGGCCUUGGUCUCUGUCAAAAACGGAACGUUUCUCGAAACUUCUAGUACGACGGACGGUGGUGCCAUCUACGCCGACUCCACCUCUGGCGUCUUCAUUGUCGACUCCAAUUUUACGUCGUGCGUCGCCUACCGUCACGGCGGCAGCGUCUACGUGUCGUCCCAACUCAUCGUCAUCAUCAAUGUCACAAUGACAAACAGUAUGGCGUUUAAGUACGGCGGCAGCGUCGUGAUCCAGUCGGUCACCCAAACAGCCUAUUUUCGGAACAUUGCCAUCACUACUUCGUCGGCGUCCAAGGGUGGGGCGUUCUACAUCAUCGACUCCACUAUCAGCGAAACCAUUUUCAACGUCUCGAUCACCAACACGACGGCCAGAACGAUGGGCGGCGCCAUGUACCUCGUGCUUGCAAACUUGACCAUCGACCACCUCACGACGAAUGGAACGAUGGCGGACAUUGGCGGCAUGAUGUCACUUGAAGAAUCGGUGGUCGUGUUGUCCAACGCCAGCAUUGUCAAGGCGACAGCAACUGCGAGCGGCGGUGCUUUCUACUCGAUCAUCUCGAACCUCACUUUGCAGUCCAGUGUCGUCGACCAACACAGCGCAAGUGCCAACGGUGGCGCGAUCUACGGCUUCUCAAGCACCGUGAUGCUCCGAGACACACGGCUCGCGCAGAAUUCAGCAGCUGCCGGGGGCGCUAUCGCUGUCGUCUCUUCGACUGUCAAUGCGCUGCGCGCUAAUUUCGCCCACAACCGUGCUCUCACGGGCGGCGCCCUCAGCGCUGACCUCUCGCACAUUACGCUGGAUACGUCAGUGCUGGACGCAAACGCCGCAUCUGGGCUUGGUGGUGCCCUCGCUGUUUCCUUCAACUCGCUCACACUGCUUCGCUCGUUGCUGCGCGAUAACGUGGCCGCCGUCGGUGGCGCCAUUUCCGUGUCCAACCUCGCAAUGUUCAAUCUGAGCUCGAGUCGCUUUGACAACAACUCAGUACUCUCGACGUCCAGUGUCGCUGCCCAAGGCGGUGCGAUCAGCAUCACUACGAUCACAAACGCGUCGUUUGUGACCAACUGCUCCUUUCACGACAACCGCGCCGAGGCUGCCAAAGGUGGUGCGAUCUACACUUCAAUGGGCAGUGCGUUGACACCGCCGACGAUCAGCAUCGACUCGUCAAUUUUUGAACAGAGUCGCAGUGGUUACGGCGGCGCACUCUACCUCGAAAACGCGCCCACCUUCCUAUCGAGGUCACGCUGGACCAACAACAUGGCGACGACCGGUGGCGGUGGUGGCAUUUACUGGACCGGCAACGAGCCACAAGCGUUGGACAGCCAAGAAUACAUAAACAACUACGCUGUGUAUGGACCCAACGUGGCGUCGCUACCACAUGGCCUGCAGCCGCACUACACACCGCCACCGACGGAUGGUGUCACGACCGGCGAAACCAGUGGCCAGGUGUUUGCCGGAACCUUGGUUGUGCACGUCGUGGACAAGUACGGUCAAGUUGUGACGACGGACAAUGAGACACAAGUCGCGCUGACCAGUCUCACGACCUCGGCGCUCAUCGCGGGAGUGGGCAAGGCCACGGCGGUGCGCGGCAUUUGCAAUUUCUCCUCGUCUGGCGUUCAAUUUACACCAGGGUUCAACAUGACCUUGGCAGUCACUGGUGGCGGCCUUGUGCCACAAAACAAUGUCGAAGUGCAUCUUCGGAGGUGCGUCCGCGGUGAAGUGCUUCCGCAAGGCGUUGCGCAGUGCAUCAAAUGUCCUGUCGGGCAGUUUAGCUGGAAUGCCAGUGAGAUGGCGUGUCAAGAGUGCCCCAAUGGUGCCAUCUGCAGCGGCGGUGACAGCAUCCAAGCCAAAGACGGCUACUGGCGGUUUCCCAACUCGACUGGCGUCUGCACCUCGCCCCCCUACGAUGGAUGCAGUCUCAAGGAGUGUCUGGCAAGCGCAUGCAACGGACUGCUCCGCAACAACUACUUGGCAUAUGCCAACCCGCUUGUCAACGGAACAAUGAGCUUGAUCUUGCCCUCAAAUGCCUCUGGCUAUGAGGUCAAUGACACACUGUACGUAGAAGGCGCUACGUACUCGGUGGUGGGGUCGUCCAUGGUAUCGUUACCGCUCUCAACUCAACUCCAGCUUUUCGUCACGGGGAGUACACCACUGCCCAACACAGGCAGCGUUGCCAUCUACAAGGUGCAGCCCGAGACGUGCAAGCCGGGCUUCACCGGGCACCUCUGCUUUAAGUGUGCCCACGGCUACACGCGCAGUGGCAAGACCGACUGCGCUGCGUGCCCAAGCAAUUACACGUUGACGGUUCUGGUUCUUAUUGGCGGCGUGGUUCUCUGCGUCGGUUACGCCACCAUACUCAUCAUGAUGGCCAUCAACAAGUCGCGGACGAAAAUCGGUUUGCUUUCGAUCCUCACCAAGAUCUUGACGUCGCACGUGCAACUCGUGGGUCUGGCCGGGUCGUUCGACUUGCCAUGGCCCGACAUCGCAGCGUCCAUGUUCACCACACAGAGCGCAGCGUUCAAUCCGGCCGGCAAGCUCAUCUCGAUCAACUGCCUCCUGAGCCGCUACAAGGCACAGCUGUCACCAGCCGCGACAAGCCUCUCACCGUACUACGAGCAGCUGCUUAUGUACCUCUGCCUCCCGCUUCUCUGUAUUGUCGCCCCGAUCGCGUUUUGGCAGCUCAAAUGCUUCUUUGCAGUCCGGCGCAUCGAGCGUACGGCGUGGCCAGCGCGGCUACGAGCCAACCUCGAUCGCGGCCCCGAAGAGCUGGUCCUCGACACUGAAAUCGAAGAUAUUUUGCGCGCAGUCGGCGAAGACCCGAGCGAUAUUGUCCUUUUGGACGCUCGGUCGAUCGAAGCGCUUGCGAAAGAACCGCAGCCGCUGUGCGUCGUCAAGGCCGCGUACCUCGACGCUGUCCGCCCAUGGAUCGCCCAUGUCCUUUCUCGAUUUCGACCUGGACGUCCCGUGUUAUGA